GCUUGGGCCAUUCUGGCCGCUGUUUUCGUUUCGAUCUUCCAUAUUUAGAAAGCUCAAACGAAUCCAACGAGUCUUUGAAUCAACAGCAUGCCAUGUUCCUUUCCCAUCUUUGCCUCGUUCUCUGCAAUCUUCGAAGAAGUUGGUGGGAUUUCCGCCUUCUUUCGGAUGUCUCGACAUGUCCAGUUUCAUCCUUCUAGGAUCUUUGCUGUCCUUCAAUAUUAGUCUUCUUGCUGUUUUCCAUAUUGGGUCGUGAAAUCUGAGGAGUUUUGCUGGGAUCGAACCUCUUUGCGACCUGGAAAUACGUUGAAGUCCGAAAUGAGUACCUCCAUGUUGUUUUUCUCCGCCGAAAAGUCCCGGAAGAAGGUGGAUAAUAUCUGAGAACAGGGUCCUGAGAAGUUCCAGGGAUGCUGCAGAACAUGGCGGAGCUCGAGGAGGUGCUGAGGACUUUGAGGGAGCGAUUGAACGAGGCGGAGGACGAGAGAGAUCAAAUAGUCAUUGAGCUUAGGGAGUCGCGAAAGGCCGCCGAGGAGGCGAACGCGAGGCUCGCCGAGGCCUUUGCGGCUCGGAAAGUACCGGAGAUAUACACGGAGCUCAACUCGGUGAAGAAAUUGUUGGCAAACGCGAGCCAACAGCUGAAGGUCAAGGAGAAAGAUAUGGAGCCGUUGAGGGUCGAAGCCGCGAGGGCGAAGCAGCUCGAGCUCAAAUUGGCGGACAGAGAGGCUGCAUUGGAGAAGCUGGAAGAGGAGUUGAGCGAUAAGAGAGGCGUCGAGGCUGAGGCGGAUUCGCAAAGCAAGACAAGGAUUCGAGAGCUAGAGGAGGAAUUGAGAAACGGAAAGGAAUCCGAAAGGAAGACUUUCGAGUCCUUGGUUGCCUCGACGAAGCAGCUCGAGCAAACCAAAAUAUCGCUUGAGGAGGCGAAGCUCGAGAUUGGUUCGCUACGAGAGAAGUUGGGGAGAUCCGAGGAGCAGCCGAGGCAAAAUGGUAAAGUCACCAACCUCUCGAGAAAUUGCUUCAAGGACAAUGUUUCCGCGAAACAGACCCUUGAAAGUCUCCGGUCUGAACUUCAAUCGACAAAGGAAAGUCUUUCUCGCGCCCAGGAGGGAGAGAAGAACGCCUCUUCGACGGUCCAGGACCUCCUCGACAAGAUCGGCAAGCUCAAGAGUGAGUUGAAAUCGGCAAACGAAGCAGAAGAGAACAGCAAGAAGGCGAUGGACGAUUUAGCCUUAGCGUUGAAGGAGGUGGCGAUGGAGACCAAUCAGGUGAAGUUGAAGCUCGACGUGACCCAAGCUGAGCUCGAGCAUUGGAGAGGGGAAGCCAAAAUGUCGACGGAAAAGUUGAAGAACACCGAAGACAAGUUCAAAGAACUUUUAGAUGAAUCAAGAAAAGAGACGGAACAAUACAAGAACACUAGCGAGAGGCUGAGAUUAGAGGCUGAAGAGUCGCUCCUGGCAUGGAAUGGGAAGGAGACAGGCUUUGUGGGAUGCAUCAGAAGAGCCGAGGACGAGAAGACGGCCACUCAACAGGAAAACAUCAGACUCGCCGAGUCUCUCAAGGCGGCCGAUAGGAUGGUCAAGGGAUCGAGGGAGGAAAACAUCAAGCUGCGUGACAUACUCAAGCAGGCGCUGAACGAAGCGAACGUCGCCAAGGAAGCGGCCAGCAUUGCCCGGGCUGAGAAUUCGCAGCUCAAGGACGAGAUGGCCGAGAAGGACGACGCUCUGAACUUCCUCAGCCGGGAGAUCGAGAGCCUCAGGAUUAACGAGGCUGCCAUGAUGGAGAACAUCACGGAGUUGAAGAAGCUGCUUUCCGAGAAGGACAGCAAAACGGACGAUAAGGAGAUUGCGAGGAAAUCGAAGGCUUUGAGCUCAAGCACCGCCAGCGAGAAAGAACACAAAGAAGGGUCAAGACUGGGAAAGGCUUUUAGCUUCAAUCUUAAGGAUCUACUAGUAAACUCUAGACACAAGGACAGUAGUGAUAACCUCGAGAACAGAGAGAAAGACGAGGACGACGACGAUGAAGACAACCCAGAAGAGAUCGAUCCGCUCAAAGGGUCGAUCUUUGACGUCAUGGACUCUCCAGGUUCGGCCGGCCAUCACAGGAAGAAGUCAUCCCUGGCUUUUACGAUCAAUGGUGAGACGAUAAAUUCGGAGGAUUUGGACAGUCUAGAUUCGCCGCAUUUCAAUGACUUGGAGAGCGAAAGACUCCAUAGGAGGAAGAGAGCGUUGCUUAAUAGAUUCACAGACAUUAUACGGAGACGAAGCUAUGCAGAGAAGAAUCAAAACUAGAUUAGUCAGACCCUUCUGAUGCAACUAAACCAACUUCGUCGGAAUAUCAAAACGAUAUCGAGAUUGCAUUAUA